AUGGACGCAACACUCACGCCCGACACGCUGCUCCCGGCACUGCAACCGCCGCUUGAACAUCUCACGCACUCACUCCCAAUCUUACAUCGAGCACUCGGUCUCCCUCCCUCUGCCCUCACCUCUGAUCUUGCACAACUCCGCGAUUCCCUUCUCACUGCAAUUGACCAGCAGCUGGUGAAGCGGAAGGAGGAGGUGAGCGAGUGGGAAGCCAGGUGUGCUGCCGUGGAGCGUAGGGUGGUUGGAUUGAAGCAUAAAGUGGGCGGAUGGGGCAAGGGGAUUAUAGAUGCGUUGGAAGAGCAUACCGAAGUGCUGCCAAGACGCCUCGAGUUGCUCACGCAACAGGAACACAAGCUCUCUGGGUUACACACAGCCAAGCUCGAACAAAUCUCUCUGCUCUCUACGCGCCUCACUUCUCUUGUCCGUUCUCUGCCUGAAAACUUCUUUCCCCCCGAGCUGCUUCACAUCACCACUCAACCCCAAAGUGAAGUCGAAAAGGAAGUCGAAGCAGUGGAUGUUACUCCCGAGCGGUUUGAGCUGCUAGAACGCGAGAUUCUUCGCGGAAAGACGGAGAUUUCCAAACGCACGACAGACUUAUGCUUCCUGUUCUCAGAGCUGCUCAGCUUGCACAUGGACCUUGUAAUUUCAUUCCCCAGCGUCCCUGAGGAGAAUGACCUACUCAGGCCCUCAACCGGGCUUCCGUCCGACGGAACACGUGGAUGCCCUAUGACGAGCGUUACACCCGAAGCGCUAUUCAUUCAGUUCGUCGCACGCAUCGACGAGUGCGAGACGGAGGGGUUCGAGCUGGGUCAAGACCUAACAGGCAUGGAAGGGAUUGACCCAACGCCAGAGGUGAUGCAAUGGGCUGAGAGGCUCAGGGAACAGCUGGAUGCCGUGACAGCCCAACGAGCAGCCCGCAUCCAGGAGAUUUACAAUCGCCUCGAGGGACUCUGGCACCGGCUAGGCGUGGACGAGCUUGAAGUGCGCACUUUCGUCGAGAGUGCUACGGGGACCACUGGGGCGUCUGUUCAGGCGUACGAGGCGGAAUUGGAACGCAUGGAAGCCCUCAAACGGGAGAAGAUGUCCCUCUUUAUCACGAAUGCGCGUGAGGAGAUCUCCACGCUUUGGGAGGCGAUGAUGUACGGCGAGGACGAGAGGGAACGUUUUGCACCUUUCUAUGAUGAUGACCACACGGAAGAACUUCUCGUACGUCACGAAACUGAGAUUGAGCGGCUCCGAGAAGAGGAAAUGGACAAGCAGCCCAUCCUCUCCCACGUGCAGAAGUACUUCCAGCUCUGCGACGAGGAGCGCGAGCUGGAGGUCGCUGCCCAGGACCCAUCCAGGCUUCUGGGCAAGCGUGGGGACGCGGGCAGGCUCCUCAGGGAGGAGAAGAUGAGGAAAAGGGUAAGCAGGGAGAAGCCCAAGCUGGAGAAGGAGCUCCUGGACAUCAUUCCUGAUUGGGAAACCAACUACGGACGCUUGUUCAUGGUGCAUGGGCAGUCGCUCAGACAGGUCAUCGAGGAGAGUAUCUCUGCCUCUGAAGCACACAAAGAAAAUAAACGGCACAAGCCCACUGCGGUUCUAGCGAAAACUGCUCCCACUCCACGCCCCGCUUCAGCCCUCAAGCGCACCCGUACCCCCUCUGCAAACUCGGCAACUGGCAAUCCCUCCACCGUCAAGAGACAAAAACUCGCCCAGACUCCUGCAACAGCGCCUGCCGCUGCCCGUGCCACGCGCCCACUGGGGGUUGCAACCAAUGUGUAUGAGACGCCUGGAUAUCGUGCUCCACGUACAGUGGGCAAGCCCCCUGCCCCAUCCACUGGGAUGGGCAUAGCGGCACGCGAUGCGAGUGGCACAGGAACGACUGGGUAUGGUAAGCUAGGGUACGGGGCGCCUCCCUCGAACGUUAGGGUCCCCAACAACAGCACUGCCGUCUUUGGAAGCCAUGCACGUAUCCCAAGUGCGACAGAAGAGCGGAUCCGCAACGCCCAAAAGCUGAAGGAGUCCAAAGGAAGGAGGGCAAGCUUCCGACCCCGCCCGAGCGGUGCUUUUAGCUAUGGGAGUAUGCGCGGUGUGAGCACGGAGUUUGCGGCAAUUAAGGGGCCUGGGUGGGAGACUGUACAGGAGGAGGAUGACGAGAACUAAUCUUUAGGCUCGGUGCAUAUUCGUUUCUCCCUUUUCUUGGCCUCAACGAGCUGUCCCAAUAUCUCACAUUCAUUUUUUCUUUUUCUCCAUACACACGGUUUAUGUACAGCGGAUGUUGCUUAUUCGUCUGUUGUAUUA